CUAUAUUGUUCUGAAAAUUAUAGACUUAUUAAUUUCUUACGUUAUAAUCCAGACUUUGCGAAGUGUUUCGAAAGUGCUAGACAAUACAGUGAUGUUGAUGCAAAAGGUUGUACAUAAUUUUUAUUUACGCCUUGUAUUUUAUUUUGAUAAGCUAAACCACAUAAUAAAAUUUAUAUUAUGUCACAAAAUUAUAGAUUUUUGUACAGGUGUGUUGAUACCCAAUUUGCUGUAAAUAUGGUAAGUUAAUUAGUUUCUUUGUAAAGUAUUUCUGUUGAUUACUAUAUUAACAUGUUUUUUAUUGUGGUGUCAGGUAAUGAUUUGGUUAAGAGGACAAGAAACUGCAUUCCAUCACAUCCAUUCGGGAGACGGGAGUCGGGAGUUGGGAGCAGCAGCAGGUCGUACAAUGUUUCGCCUUACGUCUGGCUGAUAUCCAUCGUGCGAUCACCUCCACUUCACCAUUCUUAUAAUGACCCCUUGGCGAUGGUUAAGUGGGCUGUUACUAAUAUUAGCAUGUCGAGCAAACCAAUUGGACAGAGGUGCCGACAAAAACGCUAUAACAGAUACGAGCGACAAUGGUUCAGAACGCCUUGAACAAAUUAACGGCACACCAAAUUAUAGACUGAUAAAGCCCGACAAAAAUACACCGUGGUUCCCAGAGCCGCAGAUAAAGCUGAAGAGCUGCGUGAGAGAAGCCCCAUGUGAAUCACUCAAUAAGACGACUUGCUUGGGAACGAAAUUGCCCUACGAUAAGACAAGCGUUCGCCUCACGUUUUAUGAGAAUCAAUAUCAAAUACAGACACAAUUGGACCUCUAUAGAGAACUGAUAAAUGUGCCAAAUUGCUGGGCCGUUAUACAGCCUUUGCUAUGCGCCACUUUCAUGCCCAAGUGCGAAAAGAUUUUAGGCAAAGACAUGGUUUUUUUGCCCUCCUAUGAAAUGUGCAAGAUCACUAUGGAACCAUGUUCAAUACUGUACAAUACAUCUUAUUUUCCGUCGUUUCUAAAGUGCAAUGAAACAUUGUUUCCUCCCAAUUGCGAGAAUACAAUGAGAGAACUGAAGUUUAAUACAAGUGGGAAAUGUUUGCCACCCCUGAUACACACUGAUAAACCUCUGCAUUUCUAUGAAGGCAUAUCAGGAUGCGGGCUGCCCUGUCGAGACCCUCUGUAUACUGAAGAUGAACACCAACAGAUACACAGGCUAGUGGCCUGGGGCGCCGGAGUAUGUCUAGCAUUGAACCUGCUCACCGUCGCCACCUUCCUGAUAGACUGGCGGAGUGCCAACAAGUACCCAGCGCUAGUCAUCUUCUAUAUCAACGUGUGCUUCGCUGUCGCAUCUAUGGGAUGGCUAAUCCAGUUUGGCGUGGGAUCCAGAGAUGAUAUAGUCUGCUCUAAGGAUGGCACUAGACGACAAGGCGAACCAUCUGCUGAAGAAAAUUUAUCAUGCGUCGUUGUAUUUGUGUUGGUGUAUUACUUCAUGAUGGCAGCCUGCGUGUGGUUUGUCAUUUUCACAUACGCGUGGCACAUGAGCUUCCGAGCAUUAGGAAAAAUUCAAGAUCGUAUAGACAAGAAAGCGGCAUACUUUCAUCUGGUUGCGUGGUCGCUGCCUCUGAUCCUCACCAUAGCGACGAUGGCAUUUGGCGAAGUGGACGGUAGCAGUGUCACCGGCAUUUGUUUUGUGGGCUACGUGAACCAUCCCAUGAGAGCUGCCCUGCUACUUGCACCGCUAUCUGUUGUACUCGCUUUAGGCGGCUAUUUUCUUCUUAGAGGAGUAUUCUCCCUGAUCGCGGUGCGUGUGUCCAGCAAGGAUGUGAUAUCGCCGCGGGCUGCGAACAAGAUCCGUCAGACAAUAACUCGGUGUUCUCUCACCGCGGCGUUGGUGGCAGUCUUCAUAUGCGUCACCUUCGCCUGUCAUAUCUACGAAUUCAGGAAUGCUGACCUGUGGAAGGAUUCCUUUAAGAAGAAUAUCAUAUGCCGCCUAGAAGCUCUGAAGGCAACAGACAAGGAGUGUUCGUCAGGCACUCGUCCAUCAGUGUCGGUGUUGCAACUCCGCCUGCUUUGUUGCUUCGCGGCGGGCGCACUCAUGGCAUCCUGGACCUGGACCCCGGCUGCCGCGGCUGGCUGGAGACGCUAUUUAGCAAGGAAAUGCGGCUGUUCGGUGGAAGCUGAGGUGACGCGUCGAGCGCGUAAACAUGAGUUGAUAGCGCGAGCAUACCGUCGCCGCGGGGAGUUCGCUGCGAGAGGCAGACUGUCCAUAUCACUCGGCGGCUCUAGACAAGACCCAGUAGGACUUUGUAUCGAUCCUACCUCACCCGCUGAUUACCCAGAUGAUGCCAAACACGAAAGUGGAGAACUUUCGUCUUCGUGGGCAGCGACCUUGCCUCGUUUCGUUCGACGUCGCGACGCACUGGUAUUGCCGACACACACACAUCACUCGCUCAGUUCUACGCCGGACCGUCGUAAUUCACAAGACUCUCAGAUCAGUAUUAGUCUACGUCACGUUUCUGUAGAGUCCCGUCGCAACUCACUCGACAGCCAGCUGUCUGUCAAGAUUGCUGAAAUGAAGACAAAGGUGGGGCGGCGCCGGCCUAAGCAUAGCAAAGCUAAGCGCAAGGCCCGCGCCGCUAACACUCGCAAGGAGAGCACGCCCUCCAUCGAGAGCCAAAUAAGUCGCUACUGGUUGCAGGCAGUAGCUGCCAAUAAUGAUCCGUCCCGAGAGGAGGUCAAAUUCAGCUUCGACUGAUACGAGCCAUAUCGUGAUAUAUAUCCAAAUUUGCAAUUCAUGCAUUGAAAUAUUGAUACUUAUUAUUAAAUAAGUGAAUUGUUUACUUAUAAUAAUUUACACAAACUAGGUAUAAGGAUAAAUGUUCAAAUUAAUAUUGCAUACCAGCAAAGACAUGGGCGUGGCCAGGAUCAGGAGUACACUUGGCAAUUUAAUAAUCUAAAACAAGUUUCUCAACGAUCUUUACAUUUCUAUAGAGGGUUUGUACGAAGUGGUUAAAUGGAAGGAAGUGAAAACUUGUAAAAUAAUCUAUUUAUUUUUUCUCUUGACAUUGGAAUGCAAGCGUAUUCCAUUUUGUACUCUGUUACUGCCACCCAUGCCUAAAUGAUUGCUAACUGUGUACAUUGAAAUAAGCAAAAUUGCACUUGUUGCUGUUUAAUGUUUAUUAUUUUAAGGAUAGAUUUUGAAUUGGGCAAAUUAAUUCGCGAUUUAUCAUUGAAGAUAAGGAAACAAAGACUGAUCAGAAUCUCUAAGGAGUAAUGUUUUAUAUUACUCCUGUUUAACGAUAUCCAUGACAAUGCAUUUUUGUGAUAUCCAUAACCUCGACAGUACAUGUGCCAUAAAACUAGCUGUUCAUUAUAUUUCAUUGGAAUUGACUGAAAUAUUUUUUAGCUUUUAAGAAUCAAGUUUCUUAUCAUACACAUGUUAUAUAAAAUAUUUGAAUGCAAAAAGCAAUGUUGAAAAGUUGAAUGUUUACAUUUUUUACUAAUAUAAUUGGGCAAUAAGAAUAUGUUGCUUGUCCAUAUAACUUAUGUACAAGAUACGGUUGUGAUACCAGUUUUUAUUGUGAGGCUAUAUUUUGAUGAAUGGGCAAUUACAUCGCCACUUAUUUUUACUAAGUAUUUUGUAUUAAAGUUGAUCUGCAAAAUUAUGCACUUGGCAGCUAAAUUAGACUCACUUUUGUGUUUUAGACAUGGAUUUAUGUUUAUUGAAGAAAUCUCAUAUUAAUUACCAAUUUGGUUUUAAUACUUUUAGGUGAGACAUUUGUUCUGAGGCAGCGGUGCUCUUAUUGAAGGAGUUAUUGGGACCGUUACCUUAUAUAUUGUGUUGUUAGUGAUUGUAUCCUCUUUUCUGAUGUCCUCACUGUGAUCACUUGUUUACAGACAAGCUGGAUCAUUAAAAGCCAUACAUUGCAUAUUUUUUGUCUCUCUGCUGGCAACUCUUGACAUAAAUAUCUUACUUUGGAGGUGUACUUCCAGAAAUAGUCAUUAUUCCUAAACAUCCUUUUAGAGGAUACAUUUGGUAGCCUUCUUACUUAGUUUUUUUAUGUAUUUAUUCUCUGUCAACAAAGGUUUCACCUGCUUUUUCAGAGUAUUAAGUCUGUGCUAGCUUUAAAUUUUGAUAUUAAUUUUGUAUAAGUUAUACCUUUACCAAUAACUUAGUAAACUUUAAUUGU